AUGUCGAACCUGUCAGUAGAGCUCAAAGCCCCCAACGGUGUUGCCUGGACGCAACCUACGGGUCUGUUCAUUGGCAAUGAGUUUGUCGCAUCCUCAAGCGGCAAGACGAUUGAAUCAAUCGACCCAGCCACCGAGGCAGUCAUCGCUUCAGUCCAUGCAGCUGACUCUGAUGAUGUUGAUAAGGCCGUCAAGACCGCACACGCAGCAUUGAGACAUCCGUCAUGGAAGGAUCUGCCUGCAUCGGACAGAGGCAGCCUGUUGGCAAAAUUAGCAGAUCUCUUGGAAGAAAAGAAGGAGCUCCUCGCAACGAUAGAUGCUUGGGACAAUGGCAAAUCGUACACCGAGGCUCUCGAGACUGAUCUCACAGAAGCUGUGGGCGUAUUUCGAUACUACUCGGGCUGGGCUGACAAGGUAUUUGGACAAACCAUUAGCACGACCAAGCAAAAGUUUGCCUAUACCCUCCGUCAGCCCAUUGGUGUCGUGGCACAGAUCAUUCCCUGGAACUACCCUCUCUCCAUGGCUACAUGGAAACUUGGACCUGCUCUGGCCUGUGGAAACACGGUCGUUAUCAAGGCUGCAGAGCAGACUCCUUUGAGUAUUCUGGUGCUCGGCCAACUCAUCAAGGAGGCAGGUUUCCCGCCUGGAGUUGUCAAUAUUGUCAACGGACUUGGCAAGGAGACGGGUGCUGCCAUGGUGCAACACCCUCUGGUUGACAAGGUCGCCUUUACUGGUUCAACUGCAACGGCUACCCAGAUUAUGGGCCUGGCUGCCAAGACUCUCAAAAACAUUACCCUAGAGACUGGUGGAAAGUCUCCCCUGCUCGUGUUCGGUGAUGCCGAUUUGGAGCAAGCAGUGAAGUGGUCUCACCUGGGCAUCAUGUCGAACCAAGGCCAGAUCUGUACAGCUACAUCGCGCAUCCUGGUUGAGGACAGUGUUUACGAUGAGUUUCUCAAGAGAUUUGUAGACACGGUCAAGACGGUUAGCAAAGUUGGAGACCAAUGGGCCAAGGACACCUACCAAGGUCCUCAAGUAUCCAAGGUCCAGUAUGAGAGAAUUCUCGACUAUAUCAACAUUGGCAAGUCCGAAGGAGCGAUCAUUGCCACUGGAGGUGAGCCGGCAAAGGUGGGCGAGUCGGGCAAGGGUUUCUACAUUUCUCCGACCGUCUUCACCGAAGUGAAACCAUCCAUGCGCGUCUUCCAGGAGGAAAUCUUUGGUCCCGUUGUCGUGAUUGGCCGCUUCAAGUCAGAGGACGAGGCCAUUACGCUCGCCAACGACACGACAUAUGGUCUGGGUGCUGCAGUGUUCACGACUGACUUGGAGCGUGCGCACCGUGUGGCUGCCGAGAUCGAAUCUGGAAUGGUCUGGGUCAACAGCAGUCAGGACUGUGAUCCUCGAAUUCCCUUUGGAGGCGUAAAGCAAAGCGGUAUUGGCCGCGAGCUUGGUGAGGCAGGACUUGAGGCAUACACGCAGGUCAAGGCCAUUCACAUCAACAUGGGAAACAAGCUGUAG